GUCAACUCUGCCAAAGUCUGUGCCCAUAUAACAAAUAUUCCAUUCAGCAUUACCAAGAUGGAUGUUCUUCAGUUUCUUGAAGGAAUCCCAGUGGAUGAAAAUGCUGUACAUGUUCUUGUUGAUAAUAAUGGGCAAGGUCUAGGACAGGCAUUGGUUCAGUUUAAAAAUGAAGAUGAUGCACAUGGCCCACUGCGUGACCUUGGUUCAGCUGUCCAUUUCCUGUGAACACCUCAUUGACAAAGACAUCAGCUCCAAGUCGAACCCACUCUGUGUCCUUUUACAGGAUGUAGGAGGGGCCACCUGGGUUGAGCUUGGCCGGACUGAGCGAAUACGGAACUGCUCAAGCCCUGAGUUCUCCAAGACUCUGCAGCUUGAGUACCACUUUGAGACAGUCCAGAAGCUACGCUUUGGAAUCUAUGACAUAGAGAACAAGACACCAGGACUGGGGGAUGAUGACUUCCUAGGGGGAGCUGAGUGUUCUCUAGGACAGAUUGUGUCCAGCCAGAUACUGACUCUACCCUUAAUGCUGAAGCCUGGAAAACCUGCUGGGCAGGGAACCAUCACGGUCUCAGCUCAGGAGUUGAAGGACAGUUGAAGGACCAUGGAAGUGGAGGCCAGAAACCUAGAUAAGAAGGACUUUCUGGGAAAAUCAGAUCCAUUCCUGAAGUUCUUCUGCCAGGACGAUGGAAAAUGGCAUCUGGUAUACAGACCUGAGGUAAUUAAGAACAACCUGAACCCUGCAUGGAAGCGCUUUUCAAUUCCUCUUCAGCACUUUUGUAGUGGGGAUUACAACACAUCAAUCCAGGUGCGCUGUUCAGACUAUGAUAGUGAUGGGUCACAUGAUCUUAUUGGUACUUUCUACACCAGCUUGGCCCAGCUGCAAGCAGUCCCGGCCGAGUUUGAAUGCAUCCACCCUGAGAAACAGCAGAAAAAGAAAAGCUACAAGAACUCUGGAACUAUCUGUGUCAAGAUUUGCCAGGUAGAAAGGGAAUAUUCUUUCCUGGACUAUGUGAUAGGAGGCUGCCAAAUCAACUUCACUGUGGGCAUGGACUUCACUGGCUCCAAUGGAGAUCCUUCCUCACCUGACUCCCUGCACUACCUGAGUCCUACAGGAGUCAAUGAGUAUCUGACAGCGCUGUGGAGUGUGGACAGUGUGGUUCAAGACUAUGACUCGGACAAGCUAUCCCCAGUGUUUGGAUUUGGAGCUCAGGUCCCCCCUGACUGGCAGGUCUCACAUGAAUUUGCCUUGAACUUCAAACCUAAUAACCCCUAUUGUGCAGGCCAAGGCAUUGUAGAUGCCUACCGCAAAGCCUUGCCUCAAGUUCGCCUCUAUGGCCCCACCAAUUUUGCACCUAUUAUCAACCAUGUGGCCAGAUUUGCAGCCCAGGCUGCAUAUCAAAGGACUGCGUCACAAUACUUCGUGCUGUUGCUGUUGACUGAUGGUGCUGUGACAGAUGUGGAGGCUACCUGUCAGGCUGUGGUAAAUGCCUCAAAACUGCCCAUGUCAGGGAUCAUUGUGGGAGUGGGUGGAGCUGACUUCAAGGCCAUGGAACAGCUGGAUGCCGAUAGCAGGCCUCAACACACGGGCCCUGGGGAGUCAGCAGCCCAUGACAUAGUGCAGUUUGUGCCUUACCAUCAGUUCCAGAAUGCCCCUCGGGAAGCACUGGCACAGACUGUGCUUGCAGAAGUGCCCACACAGCUGGUCUCCUACUUUAAGGCUCAAGGUUGGGCCUCACUCAAGAUGCCUCCAUCCCCAGCCAAGGUUCCUGCACAGGCUGCCCAGGCCUAGGUUCCCUUGGCAGUCCUCAACUUCAUGUGCCCAACAUCCUCUGUAUCAUGGCACUUUAUAUUUUAUUCCUGCUUCUGUUACUGCUACUCUGUUUUGUUUUUUUGAGACAGGGUCUUACUUUGGAGCCUGGCCUUGAACUCACUAUUGUAGCCGAGGCUGGCCCCAAACUCACAACGAUCCUCCAGCCUCAGCCUCACGAGUGCUGAGAUUACAGGCUUGCACCACCAUGCCUGGCCUGUUAUUGCUACUCUUGAUCCCACCUGCUUGUUCUUGGCACCUCUCAUUCAAUAAAGACCAGUAAAGACCACUGCUUUUCCACGCCUCUGUAUUCUGGACUCAAAUGAUUCUCAUGCCUUAGCCUUCUGAGUAACUGGGACUACAACCAUUUAUUUGGAGAUAGGGUCUUGCCAAGUUGUCCAAACCAGGCUCCAAUUUGUGAUCCUUCUGCCUCAAGCUCCCAGAGUGCUAGGUGCAGAGACAGGGUCUUUCUAAGUCACUGUGUUGCCCAGACUGGGCUUCAACUUGCCAUUGUCCUGCCUCAGCUGGGAUUACAGUUAUGUGCCACCAUGCCUGGCUAACUUUAGAUUUUUUUGGUCUUCCUUUGUAAUGCAGGCUGGCCUCGAACUCAGCGAUUUUCCUGCCUUAGCCUUUUGAGUCCUGGGGUUACAGGCAUGCACCAGCACGCCUAGCCAGAAUUCCCAGUGAUGAGGGGGAACAGAAUGUACCUGAAUGUAUAAUUCUUCACAUGGAUUCUCGUUUUUACUUCUGCUUUUUGCUGUGUGACUUAUAGCUGUAUAUUAAAUAAGAGCUUUGUAAGCAGUGUAUGUGUGUGCAAACUUUGGAAGUACAACUCCCCAUAAGCCAUCUACCACUCUGUACCCUUAAUAAACUCAUUCGCUAA